UAUUACAGCCUAUGCGUUUCGGCUAUACUACGGGUCCGCUACCUCAUCAAAUAUUCGUUCGGCCUUUAAUUUAUCUGUACUUAGUAAAGCGAUAAAGGUAUUUCGGACGGAGUACUAAUCAAUAACAACAGCAUGUGUACGUGUGUUUAAUCAGUGUGCGCUGGUCAUAAAUAUGAAAGCAUUCUUAACAUCAACUGUGUUGGUGUUGUUCUGUUUUGCCAGUGUUGUAGACGGGAAAAGGAACGUGUUGGUUUUGUUAGGUGAUGACGUAGGUUUCCAGUUCGGUUGCUAUGGUAACCAGAAGAUCCGGUCGCCCAACGUGGACGCUCUCGCCACGCGUAGUCUGUUGUUCAAAAAUGGCUUCACCUCCGUCAGCAGUUGUUCCCCCAGCAGGUCGGUGGUGCUGACGGGACUUCCGGUACACCAGAACGGCCAAUACGGGCUCGCGCUUUCCGUCCACCACUUCCAUUCGUUUGACGAGGUACAGAGUCUGCCUCUCAUACUGGCGCGCAACGGGAUUCGAACAGGUAUUAUCGGUAAGAAGCACGUGUUACCGGACACGGUGUACAAGUUCGAUGUCGAGGUUACGGAUGAGGAGUAUGACAUCAACCAAGUGGGCCGCAACAUCACCUUCAUGAAGGAACACGUCAGGGAUUUCUUGGAGGCAUCGCGCAAUGACACCAGGCCUUUUAUGCUGUACAUCGGUAUUCACGACACUCACCGAUGCGAUACAGGCGGAGAACUCGGGGACUUCUGUGAGAAAUUCGGGGACGGAACCACCCCUGGGACCGGCAUUAUCCCGGACUGGAAACCGGAAGUGUACAAACCGGAAGAUGUGGAGGUUCCGUAUUUCCUGCCCGACACGCCCGCUACGCGCCAGGACCUCGCCAACAUGUACAAAACGUACAGCAGGUUCGACCAAGGUGUCGGACUAUUUCUGCGAGAACUCGAGGACGCCGGUUUUGCAGACGACACGCUGGUGCUGUUCACGUCUGACAACGGAAUCCCGUUUCCGCUGGCCAAGACGAAUCUGUACGACCCGGGGCAGGGAGAACCUUUCAUGAUCUCAUCUCCCUAUCAAAAGGACACGUGGGGAAAGACGACCGAACUAAUGGCAAGUACUAUGGACAUUACACCAACUAUUUUAGACUGGUUUCAAAUUCAAUACCCCAAGUAUUCCCUAAACGGCCAACCAGUCCAACUUACCGGAAAGUCACUGCUGAAAGCCCUAGUUCCGAAUCCGGGACCGGCCUUUAACCUCGUGUUUUCAAGUCACGUGUUCCAUGAUGUCACGAUGUAUUAUCCAAUGAGAGUCGUCCGCACAAAUAGCAUGAAGCUUAUUCACAAUUUGAAUUAUAGAGCUCCAUAUCCAAUGGCAACUGACUUAUAUCUUAACCCAACAUUUUUGGACAUUUUAAACCGAACAGAAUCGGGCGAAACACUUCCAUGGAUUACGACGCUGGACAAGUAUUACUACAGAGACGAAUGGCAGCUUUUCAAUUUGACGUCUGACCCCUACGAGCAAAUGAAUAUGGCGAGCGCGCCAGAAUACCAUGACGUCAUGACGAGCAUGCAGACGACACUGAACGCUUGGCUCGUUGACACAGACGAUACGUGGAGAUGUCUGCCGGAGGGGGAACUAGAGGGAAAUACGUGCUAUCCGCUGUAUAAUGGCGAGAGAAAGGGAAUGGGUCGAAACUAAUAACACUCUUCUAUUGAAAUGUCUUGUUUAUAAAACUAGACAAAGGUUUAAAGUGUUUAUUCCCCACCUGUUAAUAUUAAAAUAUGUUAAAACAAA